AAAUAACAUCUCAGUUCUUUUUCUGGGAAAAUAAUUACUGGGUUUAAACAGACGAAGCUUGAGCUUUUGUCUGAUUGUGUUUGUCCAUCAAUGGAGGAUGGCGACGGUAGUUUCAGAACAGCGAGCAAGAGUAGUUUCGGGAUAGCGAGUUCAUCGCUAUGGAGGAAUACAGAUAUGGAUGUUUUCUCAAACUCCUUCCACCAGGAAGACGAUGAAGAAGCUCUUAAAUGGGCUGCUAUUGAGAAACUUCCGACCGUUGCUCGUUUGAGGAAAGGCUUGUUGACUACACCGGACGGCGAGGCCAAUGAGAUUGAUAUACAUAAACUUGGGUUACAAGAAAGGAGGAGUUUGCUUGAAAGGUUAAUCAAAGUAAUUGAAGAGGACAAUGAGAAGUUCUUGCUCAAGCUCAGGAAUCGAAUUGACAGAGUUGGGAUCCAGAUUCCUACGAUCGAAGUUCGGUUUCAGCACUUGAAAGUCGAAGCCGAAGCUCACGUAGGAAGCAGAGCUUUGCCUUCAUUCUCCAACUUCGUCGUUAAUAUACUGGAGGGUCUACUGAACUUGGUUCACGUAAUUCCCAGUAAAAGACAACAUAUAAAUAUCCUGGAGGAUGUUAGUGGAAUAAUCAAGCCAGCGAGAUUGACGUUGCUUUUGGGCCCUCCAAGUUCUGGGAAGACAACGCUCCUGUUGGCUUUGGCUGGAAAGCUGGAUCCAAAACUUAAGUUCUCAGGAAAAGUGAAUUAUAAUGGUCAUGAGAUGAACGAGUUUGUGCCUCAGAGAACUGCAGCGUAUGUCAGUCAAAAUGAUCUUCAUGUCGGAGAAAUGACAGUUAGAGAAACCUUGGCCUUCUCAGCUAGAUGCCAAGGAGUUGGGCCUCGUUAUGACUUGCUAGCAGAGUUGUCAAGAAGAGAAAAGGAGGCAAACAUAAAGCCUGAUCCAGACAUAGACGUCUACAUGAAGGCAGUAGCAACAGAAGGCCAGAAAGCAAAUUUGAUAACAGAUUAUGUUCUAAAGAUUCUGGGACUGGAGGUCUGUGCAGAUACAAUUGUCGGAAAUGCAAUGUUGAGAGGCAUAUCUGGUGGACAAAGGAAACGUGUCACGACAGGGGAGAUGAUGGUUGGACCAGCUAGAGCUCUUCUCAUGGAUGAAAUAUCCACGGGUUUGGAUAGCUCCACAACUUAUCAAAUUGUGAAUUCAAUCAAGCAAUAUGUUCAUAUUCUCAAAGGAACCUCCGUGAUCUCACUACUACAGCCAGCACCAGAGACUUAUAAUCUCUUCGAUGACAUUAUUUUACUCUCGGACGGCCAUAUUGUGUAUCAGGGUCCCCGUGAACACGUUCUUGAGUUCUUCGAAUCAAUGGGAUUCAAAUGCCCUGAGAGAAAAGGCGUGGCAGACUUCUUGCAAGAAGUGACAUCAAGGAAAGAUCAAGAACAGUACUGGGCAGACAAAGAUCAGCCUUAUAGGUUUGUCACUGCCACAGAGUUUGCAGAGGCAUUUCAAUCGUUUCAUGUUGGGAGAAGAUUUGGAGAUGAACUGGCCACUCCUUUUGACAAGUCCAAGAGCCAUACCGCUGCUUUAACAACCAAAAAGUAUGGAGUAGGAAAAAGGGAACUGUUAAAAGCUUGCUUAUCAAGAGAAUAUUUACUCAUGAAGCGCAAUUCGUUUGUCUACGUCUUCAAGGCUUUCCAACUUGCUUUUAUGGCAAUUAUUGCCAUGACCAUCUUCCUCCGGACUGAGAUGCAUAGGGAUUCAGUGACAGAUGGAGGGAUAUAUACUGGUGCAUUAUUCUUUGCUGUCAUUGUGCUUAUGUUCAACGGAAUGGCUGAGCUUACCAUGACAGUUUCAAGGCUUCCCGUGUUCUACAAGCAAAGGGAUUUUCUCUUCUUCCCUUCAUGGGCAUACGCUCUUCCUUCGUGGAUCCUCAAAAUCCCCUUAACGAUUAUGGAAGUGGGUGUUUGGGUAUUCCUCACCUACUAUGUCAUUGGAUUUGAUCCAAAUGUUGGAAGAUUGUUCAGACAAUUCCUUAUUCUCGCGCUUGUAAACCAGAUGGCUUCUGGGCUAUUCCGAUUUAUCGCAGCAGUUGGUAGAGAUAUGACAGUGGCUCUCACAUUUGGAUCGUUUUCACUGGCUAUUCUUUUUGCCAUGGGUGGUUUUGUCCUGUCAAAAGGUAUCAUAAUCACAAAGACAAGAUGA